AUGAAAAGCAGCAUUUCUGGACAGAACACAUUACACCGUAUUGACGAAGAGAGAAAGAAAGAAAGAAAGAAGAAGAAGAAGAAGACAAAGCGUCUCUCUUUAUUCUCGCUCACUUUCACUGGGCUCGAUAUCAUGAAACGCGAUGGCACCACGCGGAAGCAACCGAAACAACGACGACAGUCGCGUGAGAUAUUCGUCGUAUUCUUUCUCAUCUUUGUUGCGUUGGCCUUCUUCUUCGUGUUCUCAUCUUCAUCGUCUUCUUCUUCUUACGACGACGACGACGACGACGAGUCGUACUAUCGCUCGUCCACUUUCAAGAACGGUAAGAACAGAAGAGGCACGCAGGACAACGGAAGGAAGAAAAGAGACACGCCGUCGGUAUGGCAAGGCAACCCGAUACGUUUCGACGUUCCAGACAAUGUGGACGUCGAGUCGUCGUUAACUUUUGCACCUCCUCCGCCUCCUGACAAACCGUUGUUUAAAAUCGGUUGGGCAAAGUUCAAACAAAUGGAAGAUAGAGUCAAGAAUACCGAGAAAGAUGUGUUUGAAAGAGGUUUACGAGUUUCCGCGCUGAAGGAUAAGUGGGCGGACUACUUGCCUCGACCGCCGAAGAAUACGUUGCGACCGAUUCGCAUCGCCGUUCCUGAAAGAAUCACCUCGAGCGAGUUGGAAAGCAUAAAGUCGAGAAUAGCUCAGGAAGAUCGAGAGCGUUUAGAAAAGUUGAGGGAAGUGAGAAAAGAAGAGAACGAUAGGCGAAAAGAAGAGGAUGAGUUUAACGAUCGCGUUCAAAAUCAAGGAUUGCGAGAGUCUUUGAGUAGACUGAGCAGUUCUACACGAGCGGCGUUGUUAGGAACUUCGUCUUCUUCUUCUCCUUCUAAGCAUGGUAGUAGUAGCAGUAAUAAUAGACAUAGCAGUAGCAGUGGUAGCAGUAAGCAUGGUUGA